CCUCCAUGAACAGGUGAGUGUGUGGCGUUCGUAUUGGUUGGGGAAAGAAGAGAACGAGAGAGAGGCCCCCUUUCCCCCACCUCGUCCGAUCUUUCCGAACUCGAAUUUGAGGCUUCGCAGGCGCAGAUCUCUCUCUUUCUCGUUCUCUCCCUCUCUUUCCAUGUUGUGAAUUCUGAGAGGUUAGUUGAUCGGGCGGAGGGGAGGUUUUCGCCUGUGGUUUAUCGCUGUCUCCUGGUUCCCUUGGGUGGUGUUCUUGAGUUGCGGUUGGAGGAGUUUAGGGUCUCGUCUUUUGUGGGCAGGUGGGGGCUUCUGGUGUUUGAUUGAAGACGUGGAGGGAAGGAUCUGAAUCAUGGACGCCGAUUCGUGGGCCGCUCGCUUCUCUGCAUCCAAGCGCCACCAGGCCCUUCAAUUCCGUUCCAGUGCGGAUCUUCAGUUGAGUUUUGAUGAUUUCGAGACGGAAGAGGAUCUUCGCGCGGAAUUCCCGUGCCCGUUUUGUUCGGAGGAUUUUGAUAUCGUAGGUCUCUGUUGUCAUAUAGAUGAUGAGCACUCGAUCGAGGCUAAAAAUGCGGUCUGCCCUGUUUGUGGAACUAGGGUAGGGAUGGACAUGGUCGGGCAUAUCACUAUGCAACACGGACAUUUCUUUAAAAUGCAGCGCAGAAGGAGAUUUCGGAAAGGAUCAUCUCAUUCUACAAUUUCUAUGUUGAGCAAAGAACUGCGGGAAGGACACCUUCAGUCCCUCCUUGCAUCUUCAUCUUAUCCUGUUGCUUCAUCCAAUACAGCUCCCGACCCAUUGUUAUCAUCAUUCAUUUACAGCAUGCCCAUGGUUGACGCUCCAGCUAAACCAGAGUUGAAUUCACCAGUUGAGACAGUUUCUGAUAAAAAGCCGUUAGAUGAUAAAGUGAGAGAAAGUACUGAACCGCCUGUGUCAGAUAAGGACCAGGAGGAGAGGGCUCGUCGAUGCAGCUUCGUCCAAGAGCUUUUGCUGUCGACCAUUUUCAAGGACACGUUGUGAAAGCUUCAAACCAUUUGAUAGUCACCCGUGUCUCUUGGCUUAGCACAAGCCCUGCGAGCAGGGAAACAGCAGUGGCGAAUCACGGUGAAGUACAGGAUUGGCUUGUUUCCUUGCCUUGAGCUGGAGCGAAGACCCUUGAUCUUGAUAGAUGGUAUGGGGAAUUGUUGGUUGAUGUUGUAAGGUGCACUGUUUAUAGAUUACGGCAUGUAAUAUUUUCCUUUCCGGAGACCUUUGAGAUGGAAAACAGCUUUCUAGUUUAAGUGGAAGCCAUUCGCCCUAAUGAAAAUACGAUCUGUUUUGUGUGGCUGA